UCACCGUGCUUGGAGCUUUGCUGCCCAGUCUCUGGACUCGUUCACCAUCAGUCUCUUCCCACAAGAGAAUGUACAAAAUGAGGCCGAGGUUUCUCUGCAACAGUUUGCCUGCAGGUUUGAUGUUGGGUUUCUUUGUUUUCCUGCUUCGACCAGUUUCCACACAGAAAAACAGAAAUCGAAUGUAUUUCUUGGAUAAUGGAGACAACAUUGUGUUAAACGGACCGGACAAUGCUGAGAAAGACACUGUUGUUGCCUGGGAAUGGAAACCGCACUCAGGGAAGGAAAUCGGAAAAUUGACGACUUUUAGAAGAACGGGGAACUCUUGGAUCAAAGAGAAGACCGCUGGCAACUUGUACCCGGAGAUGAAAGUGAAUACCAGUACCCUUGCUCUAACAAUUGAUAAACCCACAUUUAAAUUGGCGGGAAUUUUCACUUUGACUCAAACAGAACCGAGAAAGCAAAUCCUGAAACAAUAUGAAAUAUUUGGGAUGAAAGUUGAGGCAAGUCCACGGAGGGCUCAGUUGGGCAGUGACGUUACACUCAGCUGCACCAUCUCCAGACUCUCAGAUACAGUCAGUCUUCACUGGAGACCCAUGGACUCAUCCCAGCAGAACAGGAGCAACAGUGAUCAGAUCCGCCUGGAUAACACGGUCUAUCUGAUGGUUCAACACGUUACAGUGAAGGAUGGGAAGCUGUAUGUGUGUGAAGUGCGGGAAAACGGAAACAUUCUUCACACAAGUAACGGAGAUUUUACUGUAAACACCAAUUUACAUGAUGGGAGAUACACACUUUACCGCUCCAGCACCGGUCACAGUGAACUUCACCUGGUUUGUUCUGGGAGUUAUGGUCGUGGCUAUUCCCGUGCUAAGUGGACCUGGUCACCUCAUCACCUUGAACCGCAGAAAGUAAUAGCAUCUGCAGACCGUUCUCAGCCCAUCAUCAUCAAUGUCAAUGGGACCAACUUCGUGAAUCGACUGGUGACCUCAGGGAAACUCUUCGAUGGCAAGGAUUUCAAUGUGAGGAUUGUCCCCGUUGUGUUUCAAGAUGCCGGAGUUUACGCCUGUUAUCUGGAACAAAAUCUGUUUCUCACCAUUGAUCUAAUCACAGUGAAAGAUACUGCUCAAACGGCUGAAUAUUUCUAA